AUGCGGGCCCUGCCCCCAAACCCUUCGUCCAAGGGAGGGGCGCCCAGGGCUGGGGGCCGAAGUCACGAAGCCGCCUCCGCGGUCAGGAAGCGACUCUCCCCGUCGGCUCCCCUGCCCGGACGGGCCCCAGGUCUUCCAGCCAGACCCCCGGGGGCCCCCCGCUUCAGCCUGAGAGGGCUGCUCGCCGCUCAGAGGGUCACCAAGGAGCUGAAGAACCGGGCAGCGCAGAAGACCCGUUCCAGGCUGCAGCCCCCGCCGCGCUCUGCGCCCGUGACGCUGGUCCGUGAGCUGGUGAGCAAGGCCAGGGCGGACCCCAGGGUGCCCGCCUGGGCGGCCAGCCCCGAGGAGAGGUUCCCCCGCGGCCUGGUGGAAGAGCUGGUCCGGGCACACCUGCGGGCCAGAUUGACCGGCGUCACCUACCGCCCGGCCGAGGGGGCCCGGCUGGCCACGGCCCUCAGCGACGAGAUCCGGGCCCGGGCCAAGGCGGUCGCUCCCCCGCGCUACAAGCUGGUCUGCCACGUCAGCGUGGGCAGCGGCCCCGGACUCGCCGUCACCAGCCGGUGCCUGUGGGACGUCCAUUCGGACUGCUUCGCCGCCGCCCGGUUUGCCAACGCCUCGCUCUUCUGCGUCGGACUGGUGUUUGCCAUCUACAUCGAGUGA